AUGGAGCACAGCUAUCAAGCAUCUUCUCAACUUCAGCAGAAUUCAACAACGACAAUUAAUUCAACAAUGGUAGCUGCUGAUUCAGCAUUAAUUUCAAAAUUAAUAGUUACAUCGGCAGCCACUUCAUUGUCCACAGCAACUUCCUUUUCAACGAACUCAGUGGCAACGACACCAGAUCCUUGCAUAAUAUUCAAUGCCACGUACCUCUACCCCCCGAGAAAUACUAAUAUAAAAAAUGUUGGCGGCAUUUACAUUGUUCCAGAAAACAGUCCAAUGGUUUUCUACAACGCCUCAACUAAUUGGACGGUGGUGAACUUGAUUGUGGGCAUGGAAAACGUUCAAACGUUCAAUUUGACGGUGUAUAAGUCUUUGACAGUUCCCACGUAUCAACAAUGGCUGUUAACUCCUCCAAAUGAUACAAGCAAAAGAGUUGAAUACAUUACGAACGGAAACUAUGUGAUGAACAAACUUGAAUUUAUUUAUACACCUCACGAUGCUACUCAAAUAACUAAAAUCAAUAUGACCAUUGAUGUUAAAAUUUGCUGA